AUGAGUGAAAAAAGAAAAAAAGUGGUAUUGUCAAUUCAAGUUUCUCUUGAAUUGAUUAACAAUAUUGAAAAGGGUACGUCGAAAAAACAAAUCAGCUUGAAGUAUGGAAUAGGAGAAAGCACCGUUAGAGACAUUUUUAAACAGAAAGAUAAAUUAAUGAAAUUCGCGUCCGCAUCAGAAAACUGCUCAUCAAUGAAAAAAAGAAAAACCAUGAAAACUAGCACUUAUGAAGAAUUAGAUGCGGCUCUUUUACAGUGGAUAAGUCAAGUUAGAACUGAGGGAACUCCUGUUUCAGGACCUAGUGUUUCUGCAAAAGCAAAACAGUUUUUUGAAAUGUUAGGUUUAGAAGGGUGGUUAGACGCGUCAUCAGGGUGGUUGACAAGAUUUAAAAAACGCCACGGAAUAAGAGAAAUUGGAAUUCACGGCGAUAAAUUAAGUUGCGAUGAACAGGCAGCGGAAGACUUCAAAAUUAAAUUUGAACAGUUUCUUCAAAAAGAGAAAAUAUCAUAUGAACAAUUGUAUAGCGCUGAUAAGUCGGGGCUGUUUUGGAAAUGUUUGCCAACACGAACACUUGCNAAAAAACCAAGAUCUUUUAAUGGGACCAGAGCAGAAAACCUCCCAGUACACUACUUUAACCAAAAAAAAGCCUGGAUGAAUCAAGAAAUAUUUAAAGAGUGGUUCGAAAAAAAAAUUAUUCCCCAAGUAAGAGAACAUCUCAAGUCUCAAAACUUACCUCAGAAAGCUGUAUUGCUUAUUGAUAAUGCCCCAUCCCACCAAGUUGACUUGAAAUCGGAAGAUGGAAAUAUUUUUGUCAAAUUUUUGCCUCCUAAUGUCACAGCUCUCAUCCAACCCAUGGACCAGGGGGUAAUUGCUUCUACGAAGAAAAAUUAUAGAACAAGUUUGCUUAAAAAAAGAAUUGAAGAGGGAAGUGAUUUUAAAAGUUUUUGGAAAGAUUACACAAUUCUUGAUAGCAUUUAUGACAUAAAUACUGCUUGGGGGUUAGUUAAGCAAACUACGUUAGUCAAGUCUUAGAGAAAAAUUUUACCGAGUAUGGAAAAUACUUUGAUAGGGGAGGAAGAAAAAGAAGUCUCUGCUUUUGAUUUGGCUAAUUUUUCUAAAUCUCUUACUGGAGGAGAGAAUGUUGACGAAGAAAAUAUUAAUGAGUGGAUAAAUUGUGAUGCCAAUAAUCCAGGAUUUGAGUGUCUUAGUGAUGAACAAAUAGUAAGUGGAGCAUUAGGUACAGUUUCGGAAAGUGAAGGUGAAGAAGAAGAAAAUGAUGAAGUAAAUGAAGUAAAGCAAGUUAGCCAUGAAGCAGCUCUAAACAUAUAG